AUGCAGCACCAUGAAAACAUUAAUAAACCUCUCUACAAGAUAGAGGAGGCCGAGGAGGCUGCCCGUAUUCAGGCCGAGGCGGAGGAGGCUGCCCGUAUUCAGGCCGAGGCGGAGGAGGCUGCGCGUAUUCAGGCCGAGGCGGAGGAGGCUGCCCGUAUUCAGGCCGAGGCGGAGGAGGCUGCGCGUAUUCAGGCCGAGGCGGAGGAGGCUGCCCGUAUUCAGGCCGAGGCGGAGGAGGCUGCGCGUAUUCAGGCCGAGGCGGAGGAGGCUGCGCGCAUUCAGGCCGAGGCGGAGGAGGCUGCGCGUAUUCAGGCCGAGGCGGAGGAGGCUGCCCGUAUUCAGGCCGAGGCGGAGGAGGCUGCCCGUAUUCAGGCCGAGGCGGAGGAGGCUGCGCGCAUUCAGGCCGAGGCGGAGGAGGCUGCCCGUAUUCAGGCCGAGGCGGAGGAGGCUGCGCGCAUUCAGGCCGAGGCGGAGGAGGCUGCGCGCAUUCAGGCCGAGGCGGAGGAGGCUGCGCGCAUUCAGGCCGAGGCGGAGGAGGCUGCCCGUAUUCAGGCCGAGGCGGAGGAGGCUGCGCGCAUUCAGGCCGAGGCGGAGGAGGCUGCGCGCAUUCAGGCCGAGGCGGAGGAGGCUGCGCGCAUUCAGGCCGAGGCGGAGGAGGCUGCGCGUAUUCAGGCCGAGGCGGAGGAAGCUGCGCGCAUUCAGGCCGAGGCAGAGGAGGCUGCCCGUAUUCAGGCCGAGGCGGAGGAGGCUGCGCGUAUUCAGGCCGAGGCGGAGGAGGCUGCCCGUAUUCAGGCCGAGGCGGAGGAGGCUGCGCGCAUUCAGGCCGAGGCGGAGGAAGCUGCGCGCAUUCAGGCCGAGGCGGAGGAGGCUGCCCGUAUUCAGGCCGAGGCGGAGGAGGCUGCGCGCAUUCAGGCCGAGGCGGAGGAGGCUGCCCGUAUUCAGGCCGAGGCGGAGGAGGCUGCGCGCAUUCAGGCCGAGGCGGAGGAGGCUGCGCGUAUUCAGGCCGAGGCGGAGGAGGCUGCGCGCAUUCAGGCCGAGGCGGAGGAGGCUGCGCGCAUUCAGGCCGAGGCGGAGGAGGCUGCGCGUAUUCAGGCCGAGGCGGAGGAGGCUGCGCGUAUUCAGGCCGAGGCGGAGGAGGCUGCGCGCAUUCAGGCCGAGGCGGAGGAGGCUGCCCGUAUUCAGGCCGAGGCGGAGGAGGCUGCGCGCAUUCAGGCCGAGGCGGAGGAGGCUGCGCGUAUUCAGGCCGAGGCGGAGGAGGCUGCGCGCAUUCAGGCCGAGGCGGAGGAGGCUGCGCGUAUUCAGGCCGAGGCGGAGGAAGCUGCGCGCAUUCAGGCCGAGGCAGAGGAGGCUGCGCGUAUUCAGGCCGAGGCGGAGGAGGCUGCCCGUAUUCAGGCCGAGGCGGAGGAGGCUGCGCGCAUUCAGGCCGAGGCGGAGGAGGCUGCCCGUAUUCAGGCCGAGGCGGAGGAGGCUGCGCGCAUUCAGGCCGAGGCGGAGGAGGCUGCCCGUAUUCAGGCCGAGGCGGAGGAGGCUGCGCGCAUUCAGGCCGAGGCGGAGGAGGCUGCGCGUAUUCAGGCCGAGGCGGAGGAGGCUGCGCGUAUUCAGGCCGAGGCGGAGGAGGCUGCGCGCAUUCAGGCCGAGGCGGAGGAGGCUGCCCGUAUUCAGGCCGAGGCGGAGGAGGCUGCGCGCAUUCAGGCCGAGGCGGAGGAGGCUGCGCGUAUUCAGGCCGAGGCGGAGGAGGCUGCCCGUAUUCAGGCCGAGGCGGAGGAGGCUGCGCGCAUUCAGGCCGAGGCGGAGGAGGCUGCCCGUAUUCAGGCCGAGGCGGAGGAGGCUGCGCGUAUUCAGGCCGAGGCGGAGGAGGCUGCGCGCAUUCAGGCCGAGGCGGAGGAGGCUGCCCGUAUUCAGGCCGAGGCGGAGGAGGCUGCGCGUAUUCAGGCCGAGGCGGAGGAGGCUGCCCGUAUUCAGGCCGAGGCGGAGGAGGCUGCGCGCAUUCAGGCCGAGGCGGAGGAGGCUGCGCGCAUUCAGGCCGAGGCGGAGGAGGCUGCCCGUAUUCAGGCCGAGGCAGAGGAGGCUGCGCGUAUUCAGGCCGAGGCGGAGGAGGCUGCCCGUAUUCAGGCCGAGGCGGAGGAGGCUGCGCGCAUUCAGGCCGAGGCGGAGGAGGCUGCCCGUAUUCAGGCCGAGGCGGAGGAGGCUGCGCGCAUUCAGGCCGAGGCGGAGGAGGCUGCGCGUAUUCAGGCCGAGGCGGAGGAGGCUGCCCGUAUUCAGGCCGAGGCGGAGGAGGCUGCGCGUAUUCAGGCCGAGGCGGAGGAGGCUGCCCGUAUUCAGGCCGAGGCGGAGGAGGCUGCGCGCAUUCAGGCCGAGGCGGAGGAGGCUGCGCGCAUUCAGGCCGAGGCGGAGGAGACUGCCCGUAUUCAGGCCGAGGCGGAGGAGGCUGCGCGCAUUCAGGCCGAGUCUCCGGUAGUUGGACGGGUCUCUAGUGAUACUGAUGUAGAAGGAGUUCGUGGAUAUGUUUCUGUGAAUGCGGCAGAGUUGAAGGCGGCGAAUAUUGAGCGUUGCGGGGGUUAUUCUAGGGCGGUACAGAGGAGGGUGGCGAAGCAUCGGCGGGCCAGUUUUGCGGCUCAUUUUGUGGAGAAACCGUUGUUUGAUCGGGCGCCUCGUUCAGUGGCACCUGUGGCGCAGGUUGUAACGGAGUCCAACCAGAAGGGGCAAUUUGUGGCGGGUUUCUUUUUUGCAAUCUUGGCCGUGUUUGCUGUGUGCGGUGUUAUGCUGAGGUGA